AUGGACAAAGAUUUUUCGUUAUCAACAUCAAAACGAGAUCUCUCGACACUAUCAACAUCUCUGGUACACAAGGAUGAUAUGUCCAUGAGCAACAUAAGCUCAACGCUUGAUCUGGCAGGUUUGAAUAUUCAUAAUAACCAGUCACAAGCUGCAAAAAAUAGUAACCAAGCGGUUACAUUGUCCACAGCUGGUAUUCGUGCCGUUGUAUAUCAAUUACAAGCAUUAUAUUUGAGAACACCCGUAAAGUUAUUCAGACCAUCAAGAUUCGAUUACAUGGCUUAUGUUAGGGAGGUGGCAAACAAGCAUGAUAAAAUUUAUUUAAAACCGUAUAGAGUUAGAACGCAUUCGUCAAUAGGAAUGCUUGUGAACGUGCUACGAAAAGAAGGUUGGAGAUUCAUACCUGAUCAGGUGUUACCACCAUUGAUAGCGAAUUCGGCUACUGGUCUUAUAUUGUAUGGUACGUAUUUAUCCUCUUUGGACCGAUUUGACAAGCGCCACGAAGAAGAAAAGAAGCAAAAUCAACGUAGCAAUUACUAUUAUUCUCCGAUAGAUACAUGGAGGGCGGGCUUGAUUGCUGGUGCUGCUCAAUCAUUAGCGGCUGCUCCGGUCGAUGCAAUAUAUACUAGACUGUCUGCUGCAGAAAUGUUAAAUGGGACACACCAGAAUUUAUGGGUUUAUGGGUUGAGCAAAUUAAAGGAAGUUGGGUUAAUUGGAGUUUUCGCUGGUUAUGGGUUUUCAUUAAUAAAGGAUAGUGUGGGGUUUGCUUUUUAUUUUUCAGUGUUUGAAAUUGUGAAGACUCAAGGCUACAAUAUAACAUAUAGUACUUUGUUGGGUUAUAGAAAAAUCCGAUUAUCAGUCUCAAAGAAGUUAGCCAAUCUUGGAGUUCACAAAGAAACUCAACAAUCAGACGAAGAAGCACUUAAGUUAGAAAAUAAUCGCCUGAUUAAAAUUUUAAAGUCAAGUUUUAUAUUGUUAGCUGGUGCUUCUGCUGCAUUUACUUUGUUAGCUGUACAGUAUCCAAUAGCAAAAGUUCAAAAGAUUCAUUUAUCAAGGUUAGAAGCACUAGAUGUCUAUAAUGCAUCAAAGUCGACAGCUUAUCGUCCAUUUAUCAAAUUGUAUUAUAAUUCUUAUAUUGAUACAUAUAAUCAAGUAUUGAAAAUCAAAGCCAAGUCUAAAGCCUCUUGGUUUCAGCUAAGUUAUAAGGGCUUUAUUAGAAAUGCAUUAACUACGAUACCGGCAACAUCGGUGGGUUUGCUCGUAUUUGAAAUAAUGAGGACCAAAUUAUCGGAUAGCUUGGAUGAAGAAUCAUUUGGACCAGGUGCGCUUGAUCCCUGA